CACAUGUCUUAAAAACAUCAAAAACCCUUAAAAAACCCUACCUGUUGACUUGCGGAACCUCUGGGAUUUUACCGCCUCGGUCCAGUGCACCCAAUAAUCCCUGUUGUCUCUCCCUAAAAUUCCCAGGCCAUUUUGUUCUCUCUCUGAAACUCUCGGAGACUUCAAGAGGAAGAAAGGAAAUAAAUUGCUAAUUUUUUUGCUGCUGGUUUUAGGGUUUUUGGUGCAGAGAAGAUGAAGAUACAGUGUAAUGUUUGCGAGAUUGCAGAGGCCGCUGUAAUGUGCUGUGCAGAUGAGGCGGCGCUCUGUUUGAGCUGUGAUGAGAAGGUCCAUGCUGCGAACAAGCUUGCUGGGAAGCAUCAGAGGGUGAGCCUUAUGAAUUCUUCUUCUCAAAUGCCCAAGUGUGACAUUUGCCAGGAGACAACGGGUUUUUUCUUUUGCUUGGAGGACCGUGCGUUGCUUUGCCGAAAAUGUGAUGUUGCUAUACACUCAACCAGCCCUUAUGUGUCGGCCCAUCAGAGGUUCCUGCUUACUGGUGUAAAAGUUGGGCUUGAGCCCGCUGAGCCUAUUUCACCUGUUGUGCCAAAUAGUCCAUCUUCAACCAAGAAGCCUAAUGCAAGAAGAAGUUUCGAAAUUUCUUCAAGUGGAGUUAAUAAGGAGCAAUUCAGUCGGGAAAUUGGUGGAAAUGGUUCUUUGGCAUUGAAUAGGGUUUCCUUUUCAGGUGGACAGCCUGCUGAAUGCUUACCAAGUUGGCCUUUAGAUGAGAUUCUCAGCCUGCCGGAUAUCAGCCAAAGUUAUGGACUUGUAUACUCAGGGUCUCCUAAGGCUGAUGCAUCAAAUUUUGGAGAGAGCAAUUGGGCUCCAAGUUCUUAUCCUGCUGAUGAAGAUAUAGGCAUGGAAGAGUACCUUUUCCAGGUGCCUGAUGUGAAGCUGAAGACCCCCUCUCCUCCAACUGCCUCAGGGAUUCACUGGCAAAGAGGCUUAGGCCUCCGUUCUUGUUAUGAUCAUGAAAUUAGCAAUAAUUCGGUAUUUGUACCUGAUAUCUCUUAUCCUGAGCAGGAUAACUACCCUGAACGCAUUGCCUUGAAGCGUAGAAGGCAGAUUUGAGUCUUCAAUUUAACUAGGGUACUUCAUAUUGGAAAACUGUGUAAAGUUUGCACCUUAGUGUUCUUUCUUCUGUGGUGGUAAA